GCUUACUCAGGUAUAUAUAUUUUUCUUCUUCAUUUGUGACAUUUGCCAGUAGCAUGGCUGAUAACAAUUUGAACCAAAUCCACUACAAUGGCAGUGGUGUGGCCCUGGAAAGAGAUUCUUCACCAGAAAAAUGUUUACUAGAUUCCCAAGAAAACUCUACUUGCCCAUUAGCUAUAAUUAAACAAGAGCCAUCACCUAUUGUGGCAGAUAAUUCUGUUUGUGUGAAAUCGGAACCAUUAUCAUAUGAACCAUUUUGUCAAGCACUCAUUAAUGAGUGCUUGGAUGACACCAAACCAUCUUUGACUGAAAAAUUCAAAGGUGCAUUUAGUGCAUUUGCUACCAAAAGGAAGGACAAAGCUAAAUCAACUGCAGAAUCUGGCAAAAAAGUGGUGGCUCAUAGAGAUCCCCUGAUGAAACCUGUUGUGUUUGAGAGCAAUGAACACACUCCUGAAGGAUGGGUCCGAAAAAUUUCACAGAGAAUGGGUGGCCAGUCUGCUGGUAAAUUUGAUGUAUAUUAUUUUAGUCCGCAAGGUAAAAAAUUCCGAUCUCGCAAUGAAAUCAAGAACUGGGCCAUUAAGGAGAAUAUAGAACUGGAUCUAGGAGUGUUCAAAUUUUGCCACCAGCCAUAUCCCAUGGCAACCCGACGAGCCCCAUCUUCUGCUCGCUCUCCCCCACCAAUGUCCCCAACAGUUACCUCCAGCAUCUCUCCUUUGCCCCCCACAUUGAACAACACCACCAGCCCCAUGCCCUCAUUAUUUGCAUCCCCUGCACCCACUGACCUUACAAACCUGACAACUCCUACAGUGAUGUCGCCCAAGCAGCCACCUCCAAAGAAACGAAAAAUUGUUAAUGCUCAAAACGGGGCUCAUCCUAACCGAGUGCAGAAACCAAAAGUUCAACCAGUCACACCAGACAAAGUGAAUGCUGACGUGGCUGAACCACUGAAGAACAGCCCUUAUUUCAAGACAGAGUCUGAAGCGCUUCCUAAACUUGGGCUGAAGGGCCGCUCGAAGUGGGUGCCUCCACGCAGCCCUUUUAACCUCAUCCAGGAGACUUUGUACCAUGACCCUUGGAAGCUUCUUGUUGGCACCAUCUUUAUGAACAAAGUCUCAGGCAAUGAAGCUGUUGGUAAGAACCUUUUGUGGGAGUUCCUGGAGCGGUGGGGCAGCGCCCAGGCCGUCCUGAAGGCAGACGUCACGGACAUGGCGGAGGCGCUCAGGCCACUCGGCCAGCACCAGAGGAAGGCUAAGAUCAUCAAGCAGUUCUCGGAAGAGUAUCUACGCAAGAAUUGGCAGUACCCCAAGGAAUUGCAUGGCAUCGGCAAAUACGGCAAUGACUCGUACAGAAUUUUUUGCAUCAACGAGUGGAAACAAGUUCGGCCAUCGGACUACAUGCUGAACAUCUACUGUGACUGGCUCUGGGAAAAUCACGUGACGUUGGGCAUUGAGUGAUCAAAUCAUGACCGCGGGUUGAUGUAUUAUGCGUCUGAUAGCGUCUUCUAACGAAUGUUGUAUGGUCUAAGCUCGAAGAAACGAGCUUAUACGCAUUUAAAAUUUGCUGUAAAGUAACUGAGGAUUAUACACUGCAACGUCACACUUAUGCGUACUGGAUUUUUUACGUUCGUAGUUUGAAACUGAUGGCAGGUCCGUCAUUGGGCUGUUCUGUCUGGCUGUCCAACUGACUUCACUUUUAAGGUAAUUGGCAAGGUUUUCGAAAGAUCGGUUUAUCAACCUUGCAUUGUUUUAAAUAUUUACUUGGACGGAGUGCUAUUGAAUGUAGCAACAUUAAUUGUUCUCUUCUUCCAACUUUAGUUUCCAGCUUGUGUAGCGAGUUAGUUCAGAGAAUUAGCAUGACGAGAGUAACAUUAAUCAGCUAUUUAAAAGUACCGAGAAUUUCGUUCAUGUGGUAAUUUCCGUCUAAUAUUAAUCCUAAAGCUAUUAUACCCAUUGUUUGAAUGGAAGUAUGUGAAAAUUCCAAGUAAUAUUUUAAGUACCUA